AUGCCGAUCUUCUCGAAAGCUCAGGACACGUUACGCCAGGGUCAGGAGACCGUACAACAAGCAAUGAGCUCCGCGACCGGCUCCAAUAAGCCGGACUUCUCUAAAUGGAAUACGGAAGAGAUGCUGGAGACCACUGUUGACAAACACGGCAACCCUGUACCGAACCUCUCGUACACUGAUGGCGCCAAGUUGUCGAAAGGAAUCCUCGGUCAAGACGAGGCGGAUGCGUACGAAGCGGCGAAUAAAGACUUCCAUGACUACCACUAG